CAUCUUCUUCCCGCUCUCGGAAAGAAAAACAGCUCCACUUCGUCGAAGCUAGGAAACGAUGUCGGGCCGAGGCAAGGGAGGUAAGGGCUUGGGAAAGGGUGGAGCCAAGCGCCACCGCAAGGUUCUGCGCGACAACAUCCAGGGCAUCACCAAGCCAGCGAUCCGUCGUCUCGCUCGCCGCGGUGGCGUGAAGCGCAUCAGUGGCCUCAUCUACGAGGAGACGCGAGGUGUGCUCAAGAUCUUCCUUGAGAACGUCAUCCGCGAUGCUGUGACCUACACUGAGCACGCUCGCCGGAAGACCGUCACAGCCAUGGAUGUUGUUUAUGCCCUCAAGCGUCAGGGUCGCACCCUCUAUGGCUUCGGCGGUUAGCUUCUGCGGUUUCGUGCGUUUCUUAGGGUCUGUGAUAACUUUCUCUGUCGUUUGUUUGUUUUUUUUUUUUUUUUUUUUUUUUUUUUGGG